GAAAAUUCUUCACCGAACGGAGCUCGACCGCUGGAUGACGCACGACGAGGAACAAUGGGACGACUUGGCGAUCCUCAAGGCAUUUGACGCUGCAUUGAAUAAGCAGAAAGCAGAAGCCGCGAGUGCACCACCCGCCAAGACCAAAAAGAAGGCUGCACCAGCGAAAGUUUCGGUGCAGCAGCAGUACACCCCAGUACACGCAAAUCCUGCGACGCCUUCCCCCACGACCAACGAGUACCGACCAAGUACUCCUCACAUCCCUCAACAAGCUGCAGCUUACCAACCUCCGCCGUCGCCAAGUAUGGCUUACCCGCAUGAAGCUAUCCCACCACAACUUCAUUUCGGAUACGCGCAUGCUCACUUGGACGGAGGUCACUCCCCGUACCAAGCACCAUCACCCUUCACCCAAACACCGCCUCAAUCAUCUCAUGCAACUUCAACUACUUACGCUGAUGCGUAUGCCCGGGCAUACGCUCAUGCCAUGACACACGGGCACGGAAGUUACAUUCCACCGUUGCAACCGCCAUCCAGUGCCUUCCAACACCCUCGGGUUCGCCAUGUUCCCCAGGGCCAUGCUUUCAGUGUCGGCGUUGGCCCAGGCGUGUCCCUUCCUGCGAUCGAUGGUGACGACGAUUUGUCAAAACUGCUCUUGUCGUGGUACCAGUCAGGGUAUUAUGCAGGACGGUACAAGGCAAUUCAGGAGAUGAAACAGCAAACGUAUCACCGGUGAUAACGAACUGUAAAUCUCUACAUGCAUUGGUGAUGCAUCAUUCGUCGUGGA